AUGAGCUCCAGUGAAGACGAAGACGACAAGUUCUUGUAUGGUUCCGACUCCGAAUUAGCACUACCUUCAUCUAAACGAUCAAGAGAUGAUGAAGCAGACGCAGGUGCGUCCAGUAAUCCUGAUAUAGUUAAAAGGCAAAAAUUCGACUCUCCCGUGGAAGAAACUCCAGCUACUGCCAGAGAUGAUCGUUCUGAUGAAGAUAUCUACUCUGACUCCUCAGAUGACGAUAGUGAUUCUGACCUAGAGGUUAUCAUAAGUCUGGGUCCUGACCCUACUAGGUUAGAUGCAAAACUACUCGAUUCUUAUUCUACCGCAGCGACAUCUUCAAGCAAAGACGUAAUUAGCGUAGCUACAGAUGUAUCCAAUACCAUCACAAAGACAUCAGAUGAAAGACUAAUAACAGAAGGAGAAGCAAAUCAAGGUGUAACGGCAACGACCGUAAAAGCUACAGAGAGCGAUGGAAAUGUACCGAAAGCAAUGACUGGUUCUAUAGACCUGGAUAAAGAGGGAAUCUUUGAUAGUGUUGGCAUAACGACAAUAGAUCCUGAAGUAUUAAAGGAGAAACCCUGGAGGCAACCGGGGGCCAACUUAAGUGAUUAUUUCAAUUACGGUUUUAACGAAUUUACCUGGAUGGAGUAUUUACAUAGACAGGAAAAACUACAACAAGAUUAUAAUCCUAGGAGGAUCCUAAUGGGCCUAUUAUCCCUCCAACAGCAAGGGAAGUUGAAUUCCGCGAAUGAUACAGACUCAAACCUCGGUAAUAUAAUUGAUAACAACAACAACGUAAACAAUGCAAAUAUGUCUAAUCUGAACAGUAAUAUGGGUAAUAGUAUGUCUGGAACACCAAACCCUCCCGCUCCACCAAUGCAUCCAAGCUUCCCACCCUUACCUAUGUUUGGUAGCUUUCCACCAUUCCCCAUGCCAGGUAUGAUGCCACCCAUGAACCAACAGCCUAAUCAAAAUCAAAAUCAAAAUUCGAAAUGA